CAGGCCCAUUGGAAAAUCUGAACACUAACGAGUAACGACGAGUUUUAGGUAGCGUUAUUAUCUUAGGAGGGAUCAUAUUGCUUCUUCACGACGUCACGGCAGGGCUGAUUCUUCCCGACUGAGAAAACAAAAUGUCUAGGAAGGAUGUGCAAAACCUAACACCUCCAGAUAUGAGAAUGAGAAAUCUCGUGGAGAUGGCGGCACGUUUCGUUUCGAGACACGGGUCGGAGUAUGAGAAGAGUAUCAUGAACAUUAAACCCCAUGAUGAAAGAAUCAACUUCAACUUUUUGAAGAGCUCAGAAGAUCCUUUACACGGAUACUACAAGCAAAAGCUCACUGAAUACCAAGAUGACACAAAUACCGAAUUCAUUGAGUCACCUGCAACUUCUUCCAGAAGAUAUCUUAUCAAGACGGUGGCACAUCUAAUUUCUAGAAAGGGGUUGGAGGAUGAAAGGGAGAUGAUGGACUCCUUUAUAAACAAACCAGGAUCUUUCGGAUUUUUGAAGAGCUCACAUCGCCAUCACGCGUUUUUCCGGAAGAUGCUUACCGAAUGCCGUUCUAGGAAUCAACAAAAUGGAGCUAAUCAGGGAUAUGAUGCUGCUGCUACUGAUGAGAAAGUUCUUGUUAAGCCUCAGGAUCAGUUCAUUCGUCUGCCUGGUCUCAUGGCAAUCUGUCUUCCUAAAGGGAUGAAGAUCAAGGAGUUUAAUACUAUGAAGCUCACAGCGCAGUUUGCGGCUUGGUAUGGUAACCGUUUUUGGCUGAAAUUGAGAAAAAUACCUGGCUUCGAGUUCACGAAUGAAACUGAUAGCAACUUCGACUGUUUCUUUCGGUUUCUUCUCGAGUAUUCCAAAGUAUUUACGCCCCCAAAAGAUUUGGGAGAAAAGAUGAGGAAGAGUGACGCUUAUGCAGCAGCCAUUCAGGAUGGUUUUUUCCGUCUUCUUCAGUGGGAUGUUUUCCAGCCGCUUGAAUGGCGGGAGGGAGGGGUGAUGUCAAUGGUUAAUUGGCAUGCUUCUCUCGAGAAAGAUUUUGCUAACGAGUAGGAUGAUGAACCUGAGCCAAAGAAACAAAAGUUUGAUGAGUUUGCCACCCGGUAAUGUUUCCUUCGGGCUCCUAGCUACUAGAUAUGUCUUCUUUUUUCUUUUUCUUUUUAGCUGAGGUAGAAGAGAAAUGAUGAUAAUUCUGCUCUGCACAUCAAAUAAAGAUAUUUUGUAUUAGAGAAAUGUUUUAGCAGUUGAUCAAAAAUUAAUUUUUUUGCUAAAUCUUUAAUUUUCC